GGGCAGGUGGCCCCUAAAAGCACCGAUGACAACGUAGGACUUCCAGUGUGCUUGAAAACGUAAUCCGCAAACUGUUCACGAAAAGCCUCAGAGAGAGAGAGAGAGAGAGAGAGAGAGAGAGAGCGGGAGAGGGAAGAGAGAUGCAGAAAGGAUCGUCGUUCGGAUUGAGGAAAGGUUCGUGGACGGAAGAGGAAGGUGUUCUCUUGAGGAGCAGUGUCCAGAGGUACGGAGAAGGAGAGUGGCAUCGAGUUCCUCAGAGAGCAGGUUUGAAUAGGUGCAGGAAGAGCUGUAGAUUGAGGUGGUUGAACUAUCUGAAGCCCAACUUUAAGAGAGGGAAAUUCCAAGAUGAUGAGGUCGAUAUGAUCAUCAGGCUUCACAAACUUCUUGGGAACAGGUGGUCCCUAAUUGCUCGGAGACUCCCGGGUCGAACUGCGAAUGACGUGAAGAACUAUUGGAACACCCAUCUACGGAAAUUGAUGACUUGCCAAGGGAAGCCGGAGAACGAGAAACCCCAAGAUUUGGUAAAAGUUGAAGUCAUAAGGCCUCGCCCUCGGAACAUCUCCAAGAACUUCUCUUCCUUGGGGGUCGAAGCCUAUAGGGAGCUGAACAAGUCCCGGGAGCCGCGCGUCCACGACGUGCCUCCAAACAGAAGCCCCUGGAUCGAUGAUGACUUUCAGCUGCGUUCGGAGACGACGGAGGCAUGGUUGGAUUGUUGGAGCGGACUCUCCUUCGAUGCAGAAAGCAUCUGGGACUGGGCGGGGUGAUAGGAUCUUGCCGGGCCCUUGGAUAUUACUUAUGCAUGUGUCGCCUUCAUAUGAUUGGGGUUUGUAUGAAUACGGACAUGGGAGAACCAAGUGGCGUGUGUACUGCUUUU